CAGUACAUACCACUAACAACAGCUACUUCCUCUGACCAAACACAGGCAGCUCAGCCACUGCAUACUGUCAGUCUCUUUCACCAUACAACAAACAAACCCCACAAUGAAAAUCAUCAUCAUCGGCGGCGGCAUCUCCGGCCUCGCCACCUACCUCUACCUGCGCAAGCACCUGCCCGCCCCGCCCUCCGGCGGCCCAGCACACAUCAUCCACAUCUACGAAUCCCACAAGCCCCGUGCCAACAACACCCGCAUCCCCACUGACGCAGCACACUCCUUUGAGACCCUGUCUACUUCAACUGCCAUUGUGGGCGGCGGUUUGGGGGUAUCGCCCAACGGGAUGCGUGUGCUGCGGGAUCUGGACCCGGCGAUCCACGCCGCUGUGGCUGCGCAGGGGUUUCCGUGCGAGCAUUUCAUUUUUAUGGGCCAGAAUGGGUGGAGGUUGGGGAUGGUUAAGACUAGUGACGAGGGGUCUGUGAAGUUGGAAGGGGGGGAAAGUGAGGUUUGCGUCAGCUCAACGAGGCAUGGUCUCUGGGCGUGUUUGAUGGGUGCUGUACCGGCUGGGGUGAUGCGGUAUAGGAAGCUAUCCGGAGUGAGGGAGGGGGAUGGGGGGAGGUGGCGGGUGGUUUUUGAGGAUGGCGGGGAGGAGGAGUGUGAUCUGCUUAUUGGGGCGGAUGGAGUCAAGAGUACCGUUAGACAAGCGCUGUUUGGGGACUCGGCGGGGGAGUUGAGUCCGGUGUAUACAGGCGCGUCCGGUAUAGGAGGGGUCAUGAACGCCCCCCUGCCUCCUCGCGUGGCAGACAACAAAGCCAUGGUCUUCACCUUUGGCCGGACGGGGUUCUUUGGAUAUGCGAGCGCAUCGCCCGCGUCAGCCAACGCACUCUUGUGGUGGUCAACGUUUGAAACGGACUCACUCCCCUCAAAAACGGACCUCAACCUUGACGAGAUCAAGGCAAGCAUGCGAGAACGCCACGGGGACUGGGCGGACCCGGUGAUACGGGACAUCGUUUCCAAGGCCGAAGUGGACAGUAUCUACCCGACCUGGGUGCUUCCGGACCUGCCUCAUUGGGGAGAGAAGGGCAUUGUCUUGGUUGGUGACGCAGCGCAUGCCCUGAGCCCUACUACGGGCCAAGGUGCAUCCCAGGCGCUGGAAGAUGCACAGACGCUGUCGUUGCUGCUUGCUGAGAUGCUGAGGAGGGCAUAUGGUGAUGACUCGUCAGGGGGCGACGGAGGAUUGGAUGAUGGUCUGAGGGUGGGCAAGGAGAGAGACGCGGUUGCUCAGACGCUGAAGAUGUUCUAUGAAAUACGGCAACCUCGUGUCGCGAAGAUUGCCGAGCGAGGGAGGAAGCUGGACCGUGGGAAGAGGAAGAUGAGCGUGGUUGAGGAGUACAGCAUGUACUGCUUUCUCUGGCUGCUGAAUCAUGUCUCUUCUAUCGGUAAGUAUCAUAGCUUUUGUUCUUAAGAGUUGACUGGUUGAGCUGUCAACAUGAACUGACGGAUAGCUCCUAGGGAAAAUGUUA